UAGUAGUGACAGGCAUUAACUAUCAUGCGUUCAAUAGACAAUAGGUUUAUUAAGCUGUAAAGAUCUGAUAUCAUAUAUCUGUAAGUUAUACAUGUUAUACCUUUGACAUUUGCGGCUAAUGCGUACGGACUGUUUAAAGGCUGACAGACUGAAGAGAUGGCAUCGGGAAACUCACUAGGAGGCAUUUUACAGAAGCGGGAUCCAGGUGUCGAUCGUGGGUCAAAUUUUGGUCUGAACGACGACAUCAGCUAUAAAGAUGUACAUUGUACCUCGUGUCAACGAAGAGGAAGAAAAGCAAAGGGCACCUACUAUUGUCAAGAUUGCAAAGUUGGUUUAUGUGAAACAUGUGCAACUGAACAUACGAAAGAAGUAAAGUUAAACAGGCACAGCGUCUCGGUCAUAAGUAAAACAUUUCGGGUGUCUCCGAACCAAGGGCCAUACCCAGAACUGACGGAAAUAGGAACGAUCAAAUUUGACGUUGAAUGUACUUUAAAAGGGUCCACAUUCCUUCCAAAUGGAGAACUUGUUGUCACGGACUUCACUAACUCAAAGAUUCGUGUCUUUAGUGCUGAUUAUACACGUAAACCUAUCGCAAGUUUGCUAAUUCCAAAGCAAAACAAGUGGGAUGAGCAGCGACCUAAACCUUUAGAUAUCACAGAAACUGGGUCCCAUUCUGUCGCCUUCACCGCAAACAACGGAUGCAUCUACAUCGUAGUCGUCGGUGCGACCAUGGUAAUGAAGGUAGAAAGGGUGAUUUCUGUGAUUAGUUUUGAAUCAAAUUUUGGUGAAUGUCUCGGCCUUGCGUACAACAACCAAGAUGAAAAUCUUUACGUAGGAUGUAGCUCAGAUAGAGAAGGUGUCUAUAUCAAAAUAUAUGGACUUGACGGUGAAACUAAAAGAGUAGUACGAGAUGGUAUAACUGAGGUGCCUAAUUACCUAACGUUUGGUAUCGAUAAAAAUAAAAUGUAUGCUGCUGACGCAGACAGCGUUACCGUCUAUGAUGUCAGAGAUUUUAACGUUGUAGAAGAAUUCACGGAGCUUCAAGCGCAGACAAAAGACAUAAUAGUUGAUAAAUAUGGGUAUCUGUACACACUUGCCCUUGAGCGAAGGACGUUCAAAACACCCGGUAGUAUCUACCGACUAAAUUCGAACAAAGGUGUCACCAAGGUAACGGAACUAAAUGACAAACCCUCUUCUGUAUCUUACUGUGUGAAAACAGAUGACAUUGCCGUAACGUUUGAAAAGUCAAGAUAUAUCUUUUUAUAUAAACUGAAAAUGCGGACAUAUCAAAAACCUUUCGGUGGCGGUUUGAUGCGAUACAAAGAUAAAUAAAUGAAAUAUAGGAUAUUCAAAUUUGUGUAGCGUCUGUGUUUUAUUAUCAUUUUUGCCGCGAAUCCUAUUAUGACUCUGUGUAAAAUUGUAACUUUUGUACUUGCAUUGCGUUUGAAAUAUACAAUCACUAAACUGAAUUAUUUGUUAUGAAUGACUUUUGAUGUUGCAUAUCUUGUGUUCAAUUAAGUGUAUAAAUGUUGUUUUUUUUCCAAUGAUAUCAUUUAUACUUGUACAUUCUUUUCAUUUAGCCUUUAUAUAUUUUCUUCUAACUUUGAUAUUCUAUUUUAUAUUUUUGCAUGGUGUCAGUUAAAACAAUAA